AUGUCUGACUCCAAGUACACCGAGAAGGGCCCUCCUGUCACUUCAGUGGACAAUGAUUCAGGGCAUAGCUCCAAUAUGGACGUUGGUUUAGGCCAUAUCUUGGACACAACAGCCGGUUCCCAGGCGCUGCAUCGCAAACUUCGAGGAAAGGAAGUCCAGCUCUUUGCCAUUGGUGGGGCAAUUGGCACAUCUCUCUACGUGCAGAUGGGUUCUGCUUUACCCAAGGGAGGUCCUGCAGGCCUCUUCAUUGCCUUCAUCAUAUGGGGCUGCGUUAUGUGGGCGGUGAAUGAGUGCUUUGCUGAAAUGGUGACCUAUGUGCCAGUACCGUCACCCUUUGUCCGCUUCGCAGGCGAGUGGGUUGAUGAGGCGUUGGGAUUCGCUAUGGCCUGGAACUUCUUCCUCAACAUGGCAAUCCUCGUGCCAUUUGAGAUUGUGGCCAUGAGCAUCAUGGUCACCUUUUGGACCGAUACUGUCCCAAUCGUCGCGAUCAUCAUACCCAUGAUCGCUCUAUAUGCCUUCCUCAACAUUAUUACUGUCCGAUAUUUCGGAAUCUCCGAGUUCUAUCUGUCUAUAUUCAAGGUCUUGUUGAUGAUUGGCUUGUUCUUCUUUACCUUCGUCACAAUGGUCGGUGGCAACCCGCUCCAUGAAGCCUAUGGGUUCACAUAUUGGCAAAGUCCUGGGGCGUUCGUGGAACAUAAUGCUUCCGGAAAUACGGGUAGAUUCCUUGGUAUCUUGUCCUGCAUCUACCAGGCCAGCUUCUCUAUUUGCGGCCCCGAGUACAUUUCCAUGGUAGCUGCUGAAGCAGAGAAUCCUCGCCGAAUCCUGCCAUCGGCUUACAGGUCCUUCGUAUGGAGGAUAUUGUUCUUCUUCGUUGGCUCCGCGCUAUGCAUGGGCAUAGUGAUUCCCUACAACGAUCCGACCCUGGCAGCCAUCUUGGGAGGCGAGAGCGCCGGAAGCGGCACUGGUGCGGCAUCGCCUUACAUCAUUGCUAUGAAUCGCUUGCAGAUACACGUUCUUCCCCACAUUGUCAACGCCCUCAUUAUGACGUCCGUUUUCAGUGCUGGAAACGGUUUGCUCUUUUCUGCUACGCGCGUUCUCCAUGGCAUGUCCCUCAUGGGCUUUGCGCCAAAAAUCUUCUCCUGGUGCACUAAGGGCGGCGUGCCAUUAUACUCACUGCUCUUCUCCUUGUCCUUCAGCCUGCUAGCGUUCCUGCAGCUUGGUAGCUCAUCUGCAGAGGUUCUGGUCUAUCUGGUGUACCUGAUCACUUGCUGUCAGCUUCUCAAUUACGGCUUCACUGCGCUGACGUAUCGACACUUUUACGCGGCACUGAAGAAACAAGGUAUAUCACGCGACACUCUGCCUUACAAAGGGAGAUUCCAGCCGUACACAUCAUACUUUGCUAUGGGUGGUACCUUGUUUAUGCUUCUCGCGGCCGGAUACGAUCUGUUUCUUACUGGUGGGUGGGAUGUGAUGUGGUUUUUCUUGGACUACGGAAUGAUUGGCUUUUUCAUUCUCGCCUUUAUUGGGUGGAAAGUUUUCUUCAAAACACGCUAUGUCAGACCUGGUACUGCAGACAUAAGCCUGGGUGGCGCCAAGGAGGAGAUUGAUCAAUACGAAGCUUUGUAUGUAGCUCGGGAGCCUGGGAGGGUGGGGAGGUUGAUUGAUAAGGUGUUCGAGUGA